GGCGGUGCUGCUGACGAGGAUCCGACGUCUCACUUGGCUCUCACUGAUUAACGAUCGGACCAAUCAAAAGACUUGACUGACCUCUCAGAAUGACUAUCACGCCCUAUAAAUUUCGAAGACGUUCCGAGGCAAUCUGCAUCAUAAGAUGGACUCAAAUACUUCCCAUCAAGACAAUAUUACAUCCUGCCCGUCGAACCAAGCUGUUGGCGACGGGAAGGAAACUUACAGCUUUUCUCACCUUUGGAAGUCUUUGAGCUGGAUAGACAGGCUCUUGGCACCGCUCGUUCUCCUCGCCAUCAUUCUUGGAGUCAUAAUCGGUGUUUAUGCAGAAGAAGGCGUAAAGAAAACAUUCAAGCAAGGAGCUACGUGGGAUGGCGUUUCUAUUCCUAUUCUCAUUGGACUACUCAUCAUGAUCUGGCCUGCUCUUGCCAAAGUCCAAUGGGAGCGGCUUCCAGAUUUAUUCCGAAAACGAAAUAUUUGGCUUCAUCUUGCCAUAUCUUUUGUUCUGAAUUGGAUCAUCGCCCCCUUCAUCAUGCUCGCCGUGGCGUGGAUGACUCUUCCUGAGCAGAGCAUGGAGCGGGAGCGCAAGGGGGUACUAUUGGUUGGUGUCGCUCGUUGCAUUGCUAUGGUUUUAAUCUGGAACACCAUCAGCUGCGGGGACAACAACUAUUGUGCCAUCCUAGUUGUUUUUAACUCGCUCCUACAGGUCGUACUUUUCUCUCCCUAUGCAGUCCUAUUCCUCAACUACUUGGGCGGGAGAUCCAGUGAUCAUUCACUCAAUCUAGAUUACUCAGGUGCCUCCCGUGCCGUUGGUAUUUAUCUUGGUAUACCUCUAGCUGCGGGGUUGAUAACUCGAAUUAUCGUCCUGUCAACGCUGAAGCCUUCGGGGAUAAGCAAAUUCUUCAAGUAUUUCGGCCUCUUAGCUCCUCUCGGGCUAUUGUACACCAUCAUUGUGCUCUUCGCAAAUCAAGGGAAAAGAAUUGUGGACAACAUAGGCACAGUUUUCCGGAUUUGUGUCCCGUUGAUUCUUUACUUUUCCAUCGUAUGGACAGCGACGUUCUUUGCCUUCUGGGCUCUGUCUCGCCGCCGCUCGGCUUUUGGGGGCUAUGAAAAAGCGGUAACCCAAUCUUUCACCGCUGGCUCCAAUAAUUUUGAGCUUGCUAUCGCUGUCGGGAUUGCCUCGUUUGGACCCGAGUCGCCCGAAGUGCUCGCUGCCACAUUGGGACCACUGGUUGAAGUUCCAGUGCUUCUGUCACUUAGUUACCUUGCGCUGUGGCUCCGACAGCGACUAAACUGGGAAGAGAUCUCGAAAGGUGACGAGUUAGAUAGUGUAGACGUUGAACGAAAAUAGCAGCUUGCUUCUGUAGUAGCACAUAGAAUUUUGAUACAUGCAUCUUAUCUCCC